AUGCUUUAAUAGUUACCUAGUAGACCUCCUAUAUCAUCUACUUAAGAGAUCAGCCAAAUAUGCAAAAAUAUUAAACUGCUUACAAAUAUGUUUGCUAUGUAAGUAGAAGCCACCUAGUCUUCUGAUUCUGAUGGACCUCAAGGCUUUGUUAACAAAGUUGUUUGCUAUCAAUAUGAUGUUGUAUUCUCUCCUGAUAUUGCUGAGGACAAUAGAAAUCUAAGAUACAAAAUCUUUAAAGAAGCACGCAGGAACAUUGAAUAACUCAUCGGAAAAUUCUCCUUUUCAGGAAUGUCUCUAUUCUCAAUGAGAAAACUUAGCUAAGAUAAGAUUAAUAAAAUCAAGAAUAAUAUUGAUGCAAUCAUUGUAGACAAACAAAAAUACUCUAUCCAUUUGGUGUUCACAAAAAGCUUUGAAGUAAAUGACGAAUCUGCUUAAAAUUUAGACAAGACCUCUCCAAACUUCAAAAAAGGUAAUCAAGUCACUUAGUUGCUCAAUAUCAUCUUAAAGUCUAUUAUGCGUGAUGAGAAAUUUUUAGAAAUCGGAAAGAAUUCUAAGUUCUAUGAAGUUAACUCUAAAAGUGACAUAAUUAUCAAAAGUAGAGAAGGUUCUACUAGUGGUCUCGAAGCCUACAAAGGAUUCACUUUCAACGUCACUCCAACCUAAGACAAAAUUUACUUAAUGGUUGACUACUGCAGUAGAAUUAUCAGAAAAGAAACUGCUUUAGAAUACUUAAAGAAUAACAACAAUUAAUUAUCUGGUCUCUCAGUAAUUACCAAAUACAAUAAUUACCAAACUUACUUAAUCGAUAAAGUAGAUGAUAAAAAAACACCUAGUUCUACUUUCCUCAACUCCAAAACUAACAUUCAAAUUAGCUUCGCCUAAUACUACAAGGAACGUUAUAAUAUUUAAAUUAGAGACAUGAAAUAACCCUUGCUUGUUCACAAAAGAAAAUACAGAGAGGCUAAUACUAAUAUCUAAAAGGUUGAAGAAGUUUAUUUAAUUCCUGAAUUAUGCAAUAUGACAGGAAUGACAGACGAAUAACGUGAGAAUUUCCAAGCAAUGAAGGAAGUUGCUACUCAUACUAAGCUUACUCCUUAAGAAAGAUAUCAAAAUUCUAUUAAUAAUUGUAGAUUUUUAAGCAAAAAAACAAGUUCAAGUGGAAUUAAAAUUGAUGAAAGAAGCAAUUUAAUAGAUGCUGUUUAAUUAAGAACUCCUAAAGUCACUCUAGGAGGUAAUAAGACUGCUAAUACUGAUAGAGGUAAUUUUGACAUGAGAACUCCUACCUUAGAUAAAAUCGAGUUUAAGGAUUGGUCUCUUAUUUAUAACCAAAAAGAUGAGAAAUAUGUGGAUGAUUUCGUAGACACUCUUAAGAAGGCUUCCUAGACAUAUGGAAUAAUUGUCAACGAUCCUUACUUCUUCGCCGAAAGAGAUUCGAAUGCUAAUAAUUGGAUUAAAUCUCUGGAUGAGGACUUUUCCAAAAAUGACUUACCUCAAUUUGUUUUGAGUUUCGGUCAAGUUAAUUCUGGAUUUUACUCUAGUUUAAAGAAAUUUUUAACUUCAGAAGCAGGAAUAGAAUCCCAGCAUGUUACUCCAAAAUCUCUUCAAAAGAACGGAAUGAGUGUGGCUUCAAAAAUUGCUUUGUAAAUUGCCUCUAAGCUUGGUAGAAGAAUUUGGUAAGUUGAAACACCUCGUGGAAUUGAUAAAAAUACCAUGAUUAUAGGUAUUGAGACCAGCAUGAAAAAGGUUAAAUAGUAGUAGGUUGUAGGUGUUGUUGCUUCCAUCGACAAAGACUUUACCAAAUACUUUUCUGAUGUUGAAAUUAGAAAAGACAAUGAUACUACUCUCCCUACUCUCUCUAAGAUUGUUACCAAAGCCAUAUAAGCUUAUGUUAAAAAUACCAAAAGUGUUCCUGCUGAAGUCAUUGUUUACAGAUAAGGACUUGGUGAAGGUUAAAUUCAAUAGAGUUUUAACCUUGAAAUUAAGGCCAUUUAGAAUGGUUUUAGUAACUUCAAGAACGAUUUCAAUCCUCAUUUAGCCUUUUUCUAGGUUAAUAGAAAAAUUGGCCAAAAGUUCUAUUAAUCGCCUUAAGGUGAUAAAGUAGAAGUCUCAAAUCCUGCUUCAGGUACUAUUGUAGCCUCUUAAGUUGUUUAGAACAACUUCGAAUUCUUCAUGGCUGCAUAACACUGCAAUUCUGGUGUUUGUACACCCACUAAAUACACCUGUUUGUACAACAACACUAACUUAAAAGAAGAUUAAAUCUGGUAAUUAACUUACUAUCAAACUUUCAAUUACUAUAACUGGCAAGGACCUGUAAGAGUGCCUGCUGCUAUGAAGUACGCAGAAAAACUUGCUAAAUUCGUAAGUGACACUAUCUAAGAAGCAGCCAAUGAAAAUUUGACUAAUAGUCUUUUCUACUUGUGA